GUGUUGUUGUGAAUUUGGAUGUGCCGAACCCCGGGGCUCUUGACCCUCUCUGCUUCGGAGUGGGGGUCCUCGUCCCGUCCCCCCCGCCGGCCUCACGCGUCUCCUCCCCGCGGCGUUUCUCUCCCAUGGCGGCCGCCGCGGGGCUUCUGGCUGCCGCGUGGACGCGGGGUCUGCGUCGGACGGCCGUGACCUGGCGGACGGGUGAGAUGGUGAGCUGCCGGCGAAGUGUCGGUGGACCUGCGGCAGGGUCUUCCGGAUCAGCGUCUGGGUCAAAACCACGGUCUGGAUCAGAUUCCGAGUCUUGCUCAGAAUUUGCUUCCGAUCCUGCGCCAGGCUCUAGUUCAGGACCCGAGCCGUCGUCGGGAUCUGGUGCUCAACCGGAGCCAGAUCCAGAAUUUCUUUCGGGAUCAGGAUGUGACUCCGAAUGUGGUUCCGGAUCGGGACCUCGCUCAAGGUCAGGAUCUGGGUACGACUUGGACCCGGGUCCCGCGUCCCACGCGCUCCGGGCAUCGCCGCCGUCGCCGCCUCCGCCGCCGCCGCUUUCGCCGCCCAUCCCCGAGCCGCCCGUGGGGUUGUGUUGCAUGAGCGGCUGCCCAAACUGCGUCUGGCUGAGUUACGCCGAGGAGCUGCUGGCGCGCUACGGCGAUGGUGACGGCGCGCGGGCGGCGCUGGACGCCGUGAGCACCCACGUCAGCGACCCCUCGCUGCGCGCCUUCCUUGAAAUGGAGCUGCGCACCCUGCUAGAGCGACGAUGAUUACCGGGGGGGCGUAGACGCCGCCCCCCCUCCUCCUCCUCCAGACAGCCAGGGCCCCAUCUCUGACAAAAACGGUGGAACAAUGGCUCAAAAAAUCGUGGCGCUGCUUUGGUUUUGCAUAGCGCUGCAGGCGAGAUGACACUCCUGUUGGCUUGUUAGAGGUGGGCUAAUUACAGACGAGGUGACACUCGUUGUUUUGCUAGGGGUAGGGCUACAGGCAAUAUGACACUACUGUUGACUCGGGUUAGGGGUUGGGCUACAGGCAUGAUGACACUCGGUUAGGGCUACAAGCAAGGUGACGCUCAUAUUGGCUUGCUAGGGUUAGGGGUAAGAUUACACUGCUACUGGCGUGGCCCUCAUCCAGCAGCGGAUUGACAAAGGAGUUGUGCAUGUGCAUUUGUCCAUCCUGAGCUGUGGAAUUUCCUUGAUAUGAAGGAAACGCAUGCAGUCUGGAUGGGAUUGGCCCACUGAGAUGAAUUGUGAAUAAUCCGCGUGAGCUUUGACCUAUGAGAAAUGAAAUUGAUGGGAAUAAAUUGCUUAAUUUGCCGUGGCGUGAGUAUUGUGAAGCGAACGCGCAAAAAAAUUGUACGAGACGUCAGGUUUUGUGUUGCUGUAAUACCACGCGCAUUAAUGAACGCCGCUCUUUGCAUUUGCCGCGCAGAAUUGCUGUGACAGCUCGCACACCGUGACACAGCCCAGGUGCGUGGGCUGCGUGGAGAAUCAGAACUAAUAAGGGGCCCAGCUAAUGAACGUGUUGAUCGUAAAUUACAGAACAAAUCUGCACACACGCGGGCGUGUGGCCGGUCUGUACGCAAGGCUCGGGGGG